AACCACACGUUUAAAUAAAGAACCUAAAAUCAUAACAUCUAGGGUUUUGCUUCAUCUUCUCUGUAACUGUAACCGCCGCUGCAAAGCUUCUAAUUUCAGAUCAACAAUGGCAGAACAAACCGAGAAGGCGUUUUUGAAGCAACCGAAGGUGUUCCUAUGCUCGAAGAAGAGCGGGAAAGGAAAGAGGCCUGGAAAGGGUGGAAACAGGUUUUGGAAGAAUAUUGGUCUCGGAUUUAAGACUCCUAGAGAGGCUAUUGAAGGAACAUAUAUUGACAAGAAAUGCCCUUUCACUGGUGAUGUAUCUAUCAGAGGCCGUAUUUUGGCGGGUACUUGCCACAGUGCUAAGAUGGUGAGGACUAUUAUCGUACGAAGGGACUAUCUUCAUUAUGUGAAGAAGUACCAACGGUAUGAAAAAAGGCACUCAAACAUCCCUGCUCACAUCUCACCAUGCUUUCGUGUGAAAGAAGGCGACCAUGUUACUGUUGGGCAAUGCAGACCGUUGUCGAAGACAGUGAGGUUCAAUGUCUUGAAGGUGAUUCCAGCAGGGUCCGCAAGUGGUGGAAAGAAAGCAUUCACAGGCAUAUAGAGUGCUCAACUUCUUGCUUCAUUAUGCAAAAGUUUUUGAGAAGAAAACUGGAGUUUUGUGUUUUUUCGUGACAUUAUUUUGCUGUUGUUUAAGUUUAUCUCGACACUUCCAAUAGUUAUUUUUUAUGAAAUUUUCAUCUGGCGUCUUAUUUUGCUUGCGGAUUGAAUAGAUUGAAAUUUGUUUUGUUUU